AUGGGGAAACUCCUUUUGCCUUCAUCCAUAGUCAUUACACCUCCUGAAUCAUCAAGUGGUACCACUCCUCAAAGUUCUCCGCGACCUCAUCUCGUCUCUUUGUUGGCAUCCAAGACAACCCUUCGGCGUCAUCGCUUGAUACCUUUUAUCAUUUGCACUUGUAUAGCUGGUUUGAUUCUUAUCAUUUCACCCCUUCAUCUUGUCCGAAACGCUGCUCGCUCUUCCCUUUAUCUGAUCGGUGUCCGAGCCCACAACGGUAUUCCAUCUGAAGCUUAUGGUCGGAUUUUACCUGUGGUUGGAGAAUACGACCCAAACCAAGUUGGACUCGAAGCUUUUCCUCAAUGGAACUCGCAUCCUCUUCCUUUCUCAAGCUGGCGAAAAUGGGCACAGUUCAUCGAUUUAAAGUCUCAUGUCUUGCAGAACAUUUUGAUGCCUGAUCAAGUCCCGAUUCACACAUUCCCUCGAGAGAUCGUCUUAAGCCAAGACGCUCCCGAGCUUUCCGAUUUAAUGUUUGGAAUUGCAACCACAGCGGACCGCGCUACAAUCUUGUCCCAUCUAUGGUCACAUUGGCUCAAUCCUCGCCCACAUUCCAACUCUGCUUCACCAUCUUGUAUUAUCCUUCUUGGCGAGUCUGACUUCGAGACAGACUCGAAUCAUACCAUUUCCAAAGCAGAAGAGCUUUCGCAAACUCUUCACUCACGUCGACAGUUACCAAUGUGUCAAGUGAUCGGCACUCAAGUUCGACAUUCUAGUCGUUACGAGAUUCGAUACUUUGCACUUUUGAAGGAAAUGGAUGAGAUCGCCCGGUCGAAGAAUGAGAACCCAAAAUGGUAUGUGAUUGGUGACGACGAUACGGUAUGGGUUGAUGAGCGUAUGCUCAGGAGAGAGUUGAACAAAUAUGAUCCAGACAAGAAGUGGUUUCUCGGAACCACUUCAGAAGCUGUGGCUCAGCUGAAUACUUUCGGGAACAUGGCAUACGGUGGAGGUGGGAUCAUCAUCUCAAGGGGUUUGUUCAAGGAAAUGUUAGAACAACACGAAUUUUGCCUUGAGGCCAACAAAGAUGUCUUUGGCGGUGAUGAAAUCUACACGCGUUGCGCUGCCCAAGCUAUGGGGAAUGGUGCUACAAAGGACACCGUCCUCACACCAAUAGACUCGUUGCACCAGAUGGACGUGCCUGGUGAUGGAAGCGGUCUAUUUCAAUCUGGCAUACCUUUCAUGUCGCUUCACCACAUGUGGCACGGAUGGACAGAUGCUUUUGCGUGGGACCACCCCACAAGUUUUCAUCAUGAAGACAAUGACUUAAACCAACUCCUUCUACUCUUGAAGGCGGCAAAUUUUCUUGGGGGUGAUAACCUUUUUCGAAGAUCUGUACACGGCGACGGAUCUCAACUCCUCAGUCUCGGGUACUCGUUCACGGUCUAUGAUAAACCUCUAGCACCACAAGAUACGAAAUUGGUCGAAUACACUUGGAGUUAUGAUGGCUACGAAUUACGGUAUCCAUCUAGAGCGCGGAUCCCAGAGACUGACGAGGUUGGAACAGGCGGGAAACGUACAUAUUACCUCAGUCAAUUGGAAAUUUCACCAGAUGGACAAUCGGCUACCUUUAUCCAUUUGGAUAAGUGGAAAAACCGAAUGGAUAUCCUAUGGGGUGAACCUUAUAGACAUAAAAAGCACAGAAGCACUGCUCGUUGGCACUGA